ACAAGCGGCUUCAAUGUUUUUAUGGAAACCGAGACCUUCCCUUCACAGCCUCCCGAUAAUGUAUAGUUAGCUCUGCACCACCACCAUGUCAAUCUUCUCUAUAGACAUUAUAUAUCCUUGGAUAUAUUAACCUCUAUUAAUGUUUGUAAUGUAAUGCCUUAUUAGAAAAGGCUGCUUUGAGUGGCUUUUAAAACAACCGUUUCCUACGAAUGAAAAAGCUUCGUAGUUCUAUGUUAAAUUUCCCCGGUUCUUUGCAAUUGGCCUGAUUUCAACAAUACUUCAGGUGACUAUGCUGCAUUUGGAAACAAUAAAGUGUCGUGAUACAUACAAAAUGCUUGAAUAGCACUCAUCUUAGCAAAUGAAAUUACCAUUAAGUACAGACGAUAUAUUGUUAAUAAAAAUUAACUGUACUUUUCUCAACCAAUCAGCAUUCUGUAGUUUAUCUUGCUAAUCAAUAGAGGAUAAAACAGUUAUAUGUAUAUGCGAUUGCAUGUGUUUAAAAAUAACUCUUGAAAAUAUUUAAUGAGAUAAUGAGCACAAAGAUGUAUGUUCGUGAUAUAUUUUUUCGUAAAAUACGAAUUUCAAGAAUUCCGUUAUCAUUGUAAAAUUUCUGUAAAUUAAAUUCUAUGUAUAUAUGGAGAAAGAAAAAUUAGAAACGAUAUUCCUGAAAACGAAAGGAAAAAUUUGAUUGACAUUCAUAGCAAUAGUAUGUUAAUUCAUUUGCAAACAUAAUAGCUAUCACUUGUUUUCUGAAAUCGAAAAGUCUGGAAUGAUGGUUCACAAACUUUUUUAGAAAUGAAGCUGCAUGUGAGUUGACUUCUUUUAAUUUACUUCCAUUGAAAGCGGCGUUGAAUGUAUAAAAGUAUUCAGUCAUAACUACUUGCUAAAUAAUUGCCUGCUGGGGCGAUUACAGCAGCAAUGGUCUAUAUAACAGGAAACCGCUCCUUAUAUUAUUGCCCAAUCCGCGAAUGUAUUCUUAUAUAAACAACGCGUAUAUACCUGUUUACUUAGUGCUUAGCCCAAACUUUUUGCAAUAUUAUAUAGUAUAUAGCGAUGUCUUUUGGAAAGCUUUUGCCCUUUUUUACCUUCGUGUUUUACACAGCUAGUGCUGAACCAUACACCUGUGAAGAAGAAUAUCGGCCGUCAAAUUACAUUGGGAGUCUUCGUGUUCCGACCAACUGCAAUGUCCAGCGAUUGGACUGCCCACCUUCUUGGAAGUCCGGAAUACCCAACGGCAUUGAAACUUCAUCGCCUAUGAUUGACGUGAAAUUUCUCAAAUGCCAUGAAGGUUUUACCUUCUGCGGGUAUGUUCCAAUUGACCCUAACUCUGGUAAAGUUCUUGGACAAAGUGGCGUUACUAUUGGAGCCGGUGUCGAUCUGGGAAGCAAGUCCAGUUCGUCUUUCACUUUAUUGUCGCGCACGCUAGUCAACAAACUUGAGCCUUACUUCGGCUUAAAACGAAAUCUCGCUGCUUGUGCUGCAAAUGAACGUCCUUUGCGACUGACGCAAUCAGAGGCAGAUACAGUGACAAAUGCUAUUAAAGAUGAUGUUGUUAACGAAGUUUCAAAAAGAUACAACAGUGAUAAAACUGAGAGCGCAAAGGAAUUUUCAUCACUUCCUCGCGGCAUUCGGACAGCCAUCGUGAGCGUUUCGUACCAGUUUGGAAGUCCUUCCGCUUAUCCAAAGUUCUGGAGUUUUGUGACGAAAAACGACUGGUCAGAAGCGAUAGCUGAAUUAAGAAACUUUUACAGAAAUCCGAAAGAGCAAGCAAAAGGGGACUUAAUCAGACGAAACAAUGAGGCGGACAUAAUUGAAGCAACACUUCUGAAAUGCAAUCGCUCUUUGGACAUUGUUUUUCUUUUGGAUGAAUCUGGUAGCGUUUCAAAAGCCGAUUUCAAAGAAAGUCUUGAUUUUGUAAAAAACAUGAUAAAAGCAUUUUCAAAUGAAAAACUAAGUAGGGAGGAUGGCACCAGAUUCGGUUUGUCAACAUUCAGUAGCGGAUAUACCUCACAUUUCUAUUUAUCAUCAUACACGAGUCAGUCGGGUUACCUCACUGCAAUCAGUCGUGUAGUGCAUAAAGGUGGUUCCACAAACCUAGGCAGAGCCUUAGAUCAGAUACUCCUGGAUCAAUUUAAGGAGGAAAAGGGUCUCCGUCCAGAUGCUGAUGGUUUGCCUCGAAUAUUGAUUGUCCUAACAGACGGCAGGGCGUCUGACAGCGUUGCUCCUCCAGCUAAGAACUUAAGAAGUAAAAACAUUGUGAUAUACGCUAUUGGAAUCGCCAAUUAUAACCGUCCGCAACUAAUGGAGAUCGCUAAUUCAAAGUCGCAUGUUUAUACUCUGACGGGUUUUUCCGACCUUGAGACGUUCAUUGCGACGAUGACAUCCGGAGCGUGCUAUGAACCUCGUUCUUCCUCACUCAACGAGACUAUCAAAACAAAAGUGCAAAAGGACAUAUACUUGUAUUUCAGCUACCAAGUAACCAUAUCUUUAAACUUGGAGAUCAAUGUAAAAGACCUAACAGGUGGCACACUGGUUUAUGCUUCUCGUACUAACCCACAUCCCUACAAGUAUGAUGCUGACAUUUCCUUCGAAUUUUCCAGUCAAAUACACAAAAUUAUCGUAAUUUCUCCCCGUUUAACUGACUUAAGAGGAAAACGAUUAACCGGAGUCGAAGAGAAACGAUCAAUUUAUGUCUCAGUAGCUUCCGACACCGACUCAGCUUUGUUCACAAUUGAAGGAAAUGAAUGUAAUCCUUUGAACUGUACCGAAGGGACCAACGAAGUGGCAACCUCCUCGGCCGGUAUUGCUGUUGCACAGUACCUCAUGAUAAACGUUGUGAUGUUCAUGAUCGGUUUCUGAUAACUUAUAACAUUUGAACAUUUUCAUGUGAACUUUUGAUUUUUAUGACUAUUAAUGCAUUUAUUGAGACAAAAAGUCGCCCGCUAAGCGUUUACUCGAGCUAAAGGAGUGUUUUUGCUUGAACUUUUGCUAAAAAGCGUAAAAAACAAGCAAUAUUACACCAACAUUUCAGCAACAUAAUAUAUUAUUAAAAUUUGAAAUAUGUAUAUGAACUAGAUUGAGUACACAAAUUAUGCCGCUGAGCGCCAAUAAGAUGGUCACAAAUAUGUCACAUGGGACCACGAUUUAUUUCGAUUGGCCAAAAUUAAGAUUGACCGCGCGGGAGAAUACCUAAGUCUUGCGCGAAAAAAAACUGGCCGAACUUAAGACUCUCGCUUUAGCUCGAGUAAUUAGAAUAAUAAAGGUUAAGCCCUGUUUAUACUAUAUUCAAUUAAUCAGCAUGACACGGUUGAAAUUGGUACAUACCCAUAUACCAAUAUUUUUAUCUGUGUCCAGAUGGUUCAGCCUAUUGGUUUGGUAACCUGAACACUUGUAGAAUUGGACACAGGUGCCAAAUUUAGCCGUGCCGUGCCAAUAAAUUGAGUGUAAUUUAUAACAGUGUAGUGCACUUUAUAAAACAGUUAAGAAUGUAUCAAUAUAAACAUGCAAUAAUCUAACGCUUCUAACGACCUAUUGACUUGUAAUAAUCAUUUGACUUGUAAUAAUCAUUUGCCUAGAGAAAUAUAUUCAAUACGAUUUUCUUGUAGACAUAUCCAUGAUGUUUUGUCAUUUGAUUCAUCAUUUUAAAAAUAUUAGGAAGGCAAAAUCCCCUUUACCCAUAAACGCACUAGCGAUAUUAAAAUAAUACUAGCCAGGAUGGAACAAUGUUGUGCUGCC